AAAAAGUGAAGAAAAAAAAACCAAUGGAAAAAACAAAGCUCAGAAAAAUAGGGGAACAAAGCCUGCUGAACCCAAUUUCCCUACACAAUGUAUCCCUGUAGAUAAGCGACACCUUCUACAAGCUGCCCGUGGGUAUGAUAUAUAAUGCCAGCCGUAAACCAGUCUGCCAGUGUUCCAGUCUGGCAGCUCUCCAGUCUGUCAGCUCUCCAGUGCGCCAGAAGGUUCCGCCAGCGGGUGUUAGUAGGCGUUGUGUCGUUGUGUCGUUGUCGUUUUUUUCGCGCGCGUUCCGCAAAUGACGUUUUUUGGCACAAAACACCCGGAGCGAGAGACAAUUUUACACAAAAACGUGGGUAAUUAAAAGAGAGUCCCGAGUCUACACCCGUGCAU